CAUGGUUUAAAUAGUCUCAUUAAUUCAAAAUAACCUAAGAACAUAAAUCGAUUUAUAAUUUAACGGCGCCGACUACGAUAAACAUUCAAAACAUUCAAAAUGGCCCAUAACACGUCUGAUCCCAGUUCGCAGCAAAGAUGGGUGAUUAUAUAUCCUUCAUAUAUAAACAGUUGUCGAACAAAAGAGGAAGGAAGAAAAAUUGCAAAAUCAAAAGCUGUUGAAAACCCGAAAGCUGCAGAAAUUAGAGAUGUUUUACAAUAUCAUAAUUUUAACACUCUUCUUGAAGAGAAUAAGCAAUAUCCGCGAGACAGUUUCAAAGAUGCACUUUGUAAGGGACGAGUAAAAGUUCAAAUUAAACAAGCUGAUGGUACUCCUGUUAGUUUACAAUAUCCGACUCGCAAAGCGCUAAUGCUGUUACUUGCAGAAAUGAUCCCUAAGCUGAAAGGUAGACAGCUGAAAGGUGCAUCAGCAGAGACAGCUGGGUCUACCACUAACAGUAAAAAGAAAACCAAGAAAAAAUAAUUUUUAAAAUAGAUUUGAAUUAGAUAGAUUAUAAAAUAAAUAAAAA